AUUUUGGUUCCCGUGCAAGUUUUACCUGCCAGUCGACACCUUACUUUCGUGAGAUUGAGACACUUUAUACCGUGUCAUUCUGGUGCCCUUAGGCCUUGUGUCAUUUCCCCCUCAAGUGGUUAAUUAACAGCCGCCGUUCAUGUGGAUAACUGAGAAGCGUUCUUCCGAAGGAUACAAUGGACGAGUACGGUCGAGUGGUGAAAGGGUGCUCCGAAAGAGGAGAACUGUGGGAGGACCCAGACUUCCCAGCAUCGCAGACGUCCGUCUUUUACCACCAGACUCCCCCCUUCACGUUCCAGUGGAGGAGACCUAAGGAACUGUCCUCCAGUCCAGUCUUCAUCCGGGAAGAUUGCUCACAGUUCGAUAUCGUUAACGGCAAAUUAGGUGAUCGGUGGUUUGUGUCCUGCCUAGGAUGCCUGCAUCUAACCAAGGGCCUCUUCUAUAGAGUGGUUCCUGCUGAUCAAGACUUCGAACAAGAUGCGGGGUACUGCGGAGUCUUCAGGUUCCGCGUUUGGUGGUGUGGCGAAUGGAAAGAGGUCUUGGUCGACGAUCGGUUACCAACAGUCAGCGGGAAACUUGUGUUUGUUCAUUCGCAGUCCACGAACCAGUAUUGGCCUUCUCUGCUGGAAAAAGCCUAUGCUAAGCUCCAUGGAUCAUACGAAGCCCUCAAGUACGGUACAUCCCUAGAUGGUCUGUCCGAUUUCACUGGCGGGAUAGCCGAGUCUAUAAGUUUGCGAGCUGACCCCACGACCUGUGGACGUCUGCUCUCCAAGCUUCUAGAACUCACUUCCAUUGUCACAGCGGUCGUCAAUCAGCAUUCUCACAACAAAACUCACUCUGAGAAAUUGGCCAGUGGGAUCGUCAUGGGCAUUAAUUAUAGGAUAUAUGCUGUUGAGAAGGUUGACAGGUACAAUGGUGAGCAGAUAUGUUUAGUGAGGAUGAGGACGCCUGUUGGGACCAGCGCUGAAUAUUUAGGGGCAUGGGGCCGCUCCACGCCAGAGUGGGAUGAGGUACCGCCCAAUGAAAAGGAGAGACUGAAUUUGAAAUAUACACCUGAUGGUGAAUUUUGGAUGGCAUAUAGUGAUUUUGUACGAACUUUUUCACAAUUGGAAGUUAUACAUCUCGAUGGGGAAACUUCGCGAGAUGAACCAUCUCUUAAGCACAAAAUGCCGUGGACUUCACGUGUCUAUCAGGGGUCUUGGCAAAAGGGAGUGACUGCUGGAGGCUGCAGAAAUAAUCCUGAUACAUUUCACAUUAACCCACAGUUGCACCUCAUCCUAAGUGACAUGGAAGAAGUAGUGAUAUCUUUGAAUCAACAUUCAGUCAUGGAACCCAAGGUAAUUGGGUUCACCGCAUAUGCACUAUCCAAAAAUGGCCUCGACUCCAUCAGCAAAGCAUUCUUCAAGAAGCAUAAGUCUCUUGUUAAUUCACAGUACACAAAUAGUAGACAGGUCAGUGAAAGAGUACAGCUAGAGCAAGGUGGUUAUAUUUUAUUGCCAACCACAUUUGAACCAGGCCAGGAAUCAUCAUUCACUCUUCGAGUCUUCUCUUCUAAGCCAUUGAAAUUGAAACUGGUAGACACAUCACCGUCUUUGGUGAAGUCGGCUUUACUGAAAGCACACGGUUCCAUAGAUGGAAAGAGUCUGCAACAGUAUGAAGCCGUAUUUCUCCAAGUUGCUGAUGAGCACCGAUCCGUAAAUGCUUUUGAGCUUCAUGAAUUACUUGAAGCUUGUCUACCAAAUGAUUACAUCAAGAGUUGCGCAAGUUUAGACAUUUGCCGGCAAGUUAUUCUUGCAUUGGAUAGUUCUUCCACGGGUCGUUUGAGAUUUUCAGAUUUCAAAGAUCUCAUGGUUAGUUUAAAAUUUUGGCAAAAUGCCUUCAAAAGUCACACCAAGGAACGGACAGGAAUUUUAAAAGCAGAACGAUUAAGGGAUGCGCUUGAAGAUGUAGGUUUUCAGUUAAGUACGGAGGUAGUUUCAACUUUGGUCUUGCGUUAUAUGAGGAAAGAUGGAACUCUGCGCUUUGGGGACUUUGUUAGUGCCAUUUUGCAUCUGUCGGUGGCCUUCAGCAUUUUUGAGAAGAGGGACCCACUUCAAAACGGUGCCAUCAAGUUUUCAUUAGCAGAGUGGCUGAAAAGUGCGCUUAUGUGCUGAGUAUCAGUGCCACUGUGACAUCAUGCGUAUUGUGAAAGCAGCUCGUGGAAAAAAAGAUUUCAUAUUUCAGAAAUCCUCAUUGCAGUAGUGUCAAGAAUGUGUAAGAUAGAACCUCCAGUCUCCUUUUUAUAACUACUAAUAUGAAAAAAGAUUAAAUCUGAUAUAUAAUCCCGUCAGUGUUCAAAUUUGUUUGUUAUCUCAAUUCUCUACAUUAUUAAUGUUUAAUGUGUGGCAUAUAAAAAAAUCCAAAGAUUUUUUCUUAUUUUCUAAAUACUCAUAAGGAAAUUAAUGUUGGUAUCUGACUCUUUAGUUUUGUUGUAAUUAAUAUACUUAGACCUCUCCUGAACGAUUUCUCUUUGCGAGAUGUUUUCAAUUUAGUGCAGAAUUCUCAGACAUUUACAAAUGCAUUAAGUAUAAUAGUGGUAUUCAGUGAGUUGAUUUGCCACUCAAAGAUGAAGACAUCACCUGGGUAAUGUUUUCUACGACUUGCAGGGUCUGAUUAAAAUAAGCGUCGAGUCAUUUUAUAUCUUCUGUUCAGUGUAGUUUAGCCCUUUAAAUUACUCUAAAGAUUUUUUUUAUCUGUGUUCAGUGCAAUUUUAUAUUAAUGUCAAUAGAGACGGUUGUAUAGAUAUAAGAUUUAUUGAUGAAUUAUUGAUUGUUGUCUAACAGUGUCACUUAUUUCAUAAUUCUUCUUUACUGAUUUUGAAUUAAUAGUCAAGAUAAAACCCACCAGGAAAUUAGUUUUGCAUUGCAAUUUCUAGGAAAGUUUUAGCUUUUGUAUAUACAUAGUACAUAUAAAUAUUGUCUUGUUAAAUGUUAAAUUUGCCGAAAUAUUUUAUGGUCGUUAGGUAAGGUAAGUGAAAUACUUCAGAAAGCUGUCAUCUGAAAAACAGUAAGGGCAGCAAUUUGUUACAGUAUCUAUAAUAUUGCGAUGUAUUCCACAUUACCAUUUAGGGUGUCAUAUAUAGAACAAUUUAACUAUGUACGUAAAUAGAAAGCUCAGAAUUUAUGUUAACGAAACUUUUCAAGCUGCAUGAAAAUUUAGUUAUGUGAUGUGAAAAUUAUGAAAUUUCUGUCCAAAUAAUUUUUAGGCCGAAAGUGACGAAAGUUAAUUAUGUAGUGCUUGAGCAGAUAAGGACCUUGAUCUUUGAAAUUACUAUUAUAAGUGUUGUGACAGGUGCUUUUGAUAUGGUCUAAAAUAUUAAUGGUGCUCAAAAUUUUGCACAUGGACUUGGGGUUAGUGAUACAUAGCAGUCAUCAUCCAAUUAACUUUACUGAAUAGAUGUUAUGUACUCUAAAUUUUAUUGCCCUAAUAUUGCUUGUUACUCCUCUGUGACAAUGACUUGUGAGUGGAUGGAGUUAUAAUGACAGUCUGAUUGGCCAAGUAUAAGUGUCUUUAGCCUUACUUAUUGUUAAAUUAACCAUGUGUAUACUUACUCAUUUUCCUUGUGUACAGAAGGUGCAGCAAGCAAUGAAGAGGAGCUUGAAGUAAUUUUACUUUCACUCGUUCAUCUUGCGUAUUUAUUGCCUUAACAUACUUUUCCACUAUUCUUACUCACUCAUUGUUGUAAUUCUAAUAAUAACUUACCUAAAGCUUUCUGUACCCCAAUUCUUCAUGCAAAAUUAGUUUUACAAAUGAUAUAUAUGUACAAUUAUAUUUCACUUAGGUAAUUUUUUCCACUAAGCUUCUUUGGUCAGACAGUUAUGAAUGUUCACUCAGUAGUCCAGUUUAACUAUUUAUUUAAUAGUAUAGUGUCAAACACUUAAUAAUCCAUUUGAUGACUGUUAUCAAUGCAUACAAUUUGGGUUCUUUUUAUAUCUUUAUGUUCAUUUGUUUGUUGUAAGAGAAAUAAAUACAUGAAAACAUUAAAACAGGGGUAGUGUGAAAGGAUCAUGGUCCAUAAAUAUGAAGUAUUGCUUGUGUAGACUUUAGAAAAGUUGUUGUUAUAUAGUACUACUAUGAAUUUUUUUUAUGACCAAAAGUAUUUUCUAAGAAGUUUGUUCUGUUACAAAUUUUCUAAAAUCAUAAAUUUGUAUAUAUGUAUGUAUAAAUGUAUGUGGUUGCAUAUAGCCUAUGUAAAUGUAAGAGUGCAAAUGUACUGUUUUAAACAGUAUGCAAUAUAUUGCAUUGGUAUAAAGUCACUCUUUGGGAUAGCCUAAAAGUUAAGAACCUCUAUUCAGUAGGCUCAAAAAUCCCAGCUUGAUUUAGAUAUAUUUUUUCUGUAUCUCAUAACACCCUUUUUGUAAAUUUCCCACUGCAUACCUGGAAGCAUUUGCAAAGGGGUUUCAACUAUUCAUGGAUUCUAGCUAUUCAGGGGGGGUUCUGGUACGCAUACCCCGUGAAUAUGGGGGAACACUGUAGUUCCAAAGAGCAGAGAGGAGAUUCAUAAACCCAAGAAGUCCAGGAGAAGCUCAUCGUCCCACAGAUUUGGUGGCUGUGACACAGGGAUGGAAAAUGGGGUGAAAGAAUUAUUUAAGCCCUGCAGAUUAAAAGUGAAUGAGGAGGAGACAGAAAAAUAUCAGUAACUAUGAUGUAACUGAGCAAAACGAGUUGGAAAUGUGUAGAUGGGAAAACAUAGGGAAAGUCAUUACUGUUGCAGUUAAAAAGAACAGACUUUGACAAGCAAAAAGUUUGGUGAACAAAACCUGAAUUACAUAUUCAUAGGUUCUUGAGAGAAUAUGAAGACAAAUGACAAUUACUGAAUGGAAAUACAACCAACCCUGUACCAGGAUGACGAUUGAUCAGAUGGCUCAGACAUUUAUGGAUGAAGAACUGAACCAGAUGGAAAUUCAGAAAAAGUACAAAGGAUAGAAAAGAAUGCCAAGAACUCAUUAUAUGCCUUAACUUCACAAAAGGAAAAGCUGAUGUAUAACAACAACAAUGGUGAAGAGAUUACAUAGAUAUCAGCACGUAGGAUUAUUUAUUAUCAGCGAAAUAUUAAGCUCCUUAGCAGGUCUUGAAUUGUGAACAAUAUUCUGGAGUUUAAGAGAGUCUACCUUAAGUUGUCUGAAAAUGUGAAAGUCAAUGAAAUUGUAUAUUUUUAUGAGUAAUUUACAUAAAAGGUUACUGGCUAAAAGAUUACGUUGGGCCAGACAAGCAGAACAAGUGAAUUCUUAGAGAGAAAGCAACUUACCAUGCAAAGUUGAGAAUAUGCCAUACUUCACCCUUUAAGUUUUUCAAAUUGCUAAUAGAAGGCAUUGUGUAAAAUAAAUAAAUAGGGGAGAGAGGCAAUGUGUAUGUUAGUAAUGAAAGCAAAACACUAAAGAUGGACAGAGAUCUUGUACGGCAGUUGAAUGGAUUACAAGUGGGAUAAAAAAUACUGGAUGAAUGGCAGUUUGAUUGCUCAAUCACUUUAGUAACCAAAAAGGCAAGAACCUCUUUCCAUGCUGCGUCAGUGCAGAAUGACAACAUUGGUUUUGGUGUACAUACAUACCUCUCCCAGUGACAGAGCUUAUGGCUUAUUUUUAAAUGAGAACAGAUUCGUCAGAAGACCUUCAGCUUUAAAACAAAUAGUACUUUUAGAAUUGGAUUGGCGAGAAGUUACAUGGUAUCAUGGAAGCGCGAGCAAAGGUUCACAAAUAAAGAUAUAUUUGCUGUAGUGCUUAUGCAAAUUGUGCAACGGAAAUCAAGUUAUAUUGAGAUGUUAAUGGGAAGGAGAAGCAUAGCUGUGAAGCUGGGGUUCAGGAAGAAUGCCGGAAAGAUUGGAGACUACAUGUUGGUUCAAGGAUGGUAAGCACCAUGUCUGGAUAGCUAUGAAAUGACUAGAUGAAUAUGCAGACUAAAAGUGUCAUGGAAUAAGCAAAUCCUACUACCAAGUAAGUUCACUCAACCCCCCCGAUUCGUACUACCAAGUAAGUUCACUCAACCCCCGGAUUCGAAGGGAUAGGGACCACAAUCCCCCAUGACUAGCUAAAAUCCUCAUACUUGACAACCCUCUAAAAAUGCUUAUAACUGCCUUUUUUAAGUUUCAUUGAAACGUGUAUAGUCAUGAAAAUAUAAAAAUACAGUAAUUCCUGAAUAUUUCUCUGAAAAAUUCCGCAAAUAGGCGAAUUUUCAGUGAAUGACAUGGAUGUGCAUUCCACAGAAAAGUCCACAAAUAGGUGAAGCUGGAAAUCCAGAGCCGCCAAUAGGCAUUGUUGACAGUAAAUGUCAUGAUUCACUUAUCGCUUAAUAUCACACACACUCAGGCCCUAAAAUAAAUGGGUUUGCAAGAGUUUUUAAUUUAAGCAGUGGUAUUUGCUGGCUACCAGACAUCCAGGAACAGGAAGAUUUAUAAAUGUGUGCAAUUUCAGAACGUAUGCAUGCUGCAAAAUGUGUCAGAAUUCAGAAGGUAUGUAGGCUAUAAAAUUGUCAAAAAGUCCCCACAUCAGACUACUGGAGAGUGAACCUAUCUGUCCAGCGUUUGUGUUCCAAAAGGUUGUUGAAGAAAUAGGCAAGCAAUACCUUUAGCACAUGAUCUUCAAAUACUUAAUUUAUGUAUAUAUCUAUAUAUAAAUAUAUGUAAAUAUUUUUUUAGAUUGAAUAAAUCAAAUUUUAAAUAGAAAAA